AUGACUGAGAUUAUCAAGAAGGAAGUUGGAUUCAAGUGGGAGAAGGCACAGGAGGAAGCAUUUCAGACUCUUAAGGAUCGACUUACUAAUGCACCUGUUCUUAUGUUGCCUGACUUUCUUAAAACUUUUGAAAUUGAGUGUGAUGCCUCAGGAAUCGGAAUAGGAGCUGUUCUCAUGCAAGACAAGAAGCCGAUUGCCUAUUUCAGUGAGAAACUUGGAGGAGCCACUCUCAAUUAUCCAACCUAUGAUAAAGAGCUCUAUGCGCUGGUCCGAGCUUUGCAAACUUGGCAGCAUUACUUAUGGCCCAAGGAGUUUGUUAUCCAUACUGAUCAUGAAUCACUCAAGCACUUCAAAGGCCAACAGAAGCUCAACAAGAGGCAUGCUCGCUGGGCCGAGUUCAUAGAAACCUUUCCCUAUGUGAUCAAGUACAAGAAAGGUAAGGACAAUGUCGUGGCCGACGCAUUGUCUAGACGGUAUACACUUCUCUCUACUCUUGAUGCCAAACUCUUAGGCUUUGAGCAAAUUAAAGAACUAUAUGCUUCUGAUGCUGAUUUUUCUGAUAUUUAUCAAGCAUGUUCUAAGUUUGCUUCUGGACGAUAUGUGAGACAGGAUGGGUUUCUCUUUUAUGAGAACCGCCUUUGUGUGCCUAAUUGUUCUUUGAGGGACUUGUUUGUCAGGGAAGCACAUGGAGGAGGACUUAUGGGACAUUUUGGAGUCACCAAGACUAUACAGAUCAUGAGAGAUCAUUUCCAUUGGCCACAUAUGAUUAGAGAUGUGGAGCGCAUCUGUGCGCGCUGCACUACCUGUAAGUUGGCCAAAUCCAAGGUCCAACCCCACGGUUUGUAUACUCCUCUCCCUAUUCCAUCACAACCUUGGACUGAUGUUUCCAUGGACUUUGUUCUUGGUUUACCCAGAACUAGACAUGGAAAGGAUUCCAUCUUUGUGAUUGUGGAUAGAUUUUCUAAGAUGGCUCAUUUUGUUGCAUGCAAUAAAACUGAUGAUGCAUCUCAUGUUGCUGCAUUGUUCUUUAAAGAUGUCAUUAGAUUGCAUGGCAUGCCGCGCACCAUUGUUUCUGAUCGUGACACUAAGUUCCUUAGUUACUUUUGGAAAACCUUGUGGUCUAAGUUAGGGACUAAGCUUUUAUUUUCCACCACUUGUCAUCCCCAAACUGAUGGUCAAACUGAGGUUGUAAACCGGACUUUAGGAACCUUGUUGCGUGUGCUGCUUAAAAAGAAUCUUAAGAAUUGGGAUGAUUGCUUGCCUCAUAUAGAAUUUGCUUAUAAUCAUUCUGUGCAUUCAGCAUCUAAGUUCUCUCCUUUUGAAAUUGUUUAUGGGUUUAAACCCCUGUCACCUUUGGAUUUAAUGCCUCUGCCUUUGAGUGAAAGGUUGAGUACAGAUGGACAGAAGAGAGCUGAGAUGGUGAAGAAGAUACACGAGCAGGCAAAGAAAAACAUUGAGGAAAAGACAAGGCAGUAUGCCAAGAAGGCCAACAAGGGACGGCGCGAAUUAAUCUUUGAGGCUGGAGAUCAAGUUUGGAUUCAUCUUCGCAAAGAAAGAUUCCCAGCCGAGCGCAAGUCCAAGCUGAUGCCGCGCAUUGAUGGCCCUUUCACAGUCACCAAGCGAAUCAACAAUAACUCUUAUAGAGUUGAUCUUCAAGGUAAGUACAAUAUCAGUCCUAGUUUUAAUGUUGCUGACUUAUCUCCUUUUCUUGCAGAUGAACCAGAUUUGAGGUCAAAUCCUUUUCAAGAGGGAGGGGAUGAUGCGAUCAUGGACAAGGAGGUUCAGGAAACACAUCUUUUGGCCGAGAAGGAAGAUGGAAUGGAGCAGCUUGUAGCCGAGGAAGGACUUGAAGCAGAGCAGCUUGUACCUGAGGAGAGUUUAGCCAUUCCAACUGGCCCAAUCACUCGUUCAAGAACUAAGGCACUAAACCAAGCAAUUGGCAAAGUCCUUAGCGCCUUGAACCAACAAGAAACCAAGCCAACUACUCUGAGAUCUCUUCCGCGGAUCUCUAGUAUAGCCAUUCGAUUCACUUUCCAAUCCGCUCAAACACUUAGCUUUCAAGCCGAUCUAUUCCAGGGGCGUAUCACCAACCCUGAGCUUACCACAGUAGUCAGGGGUGAUAACAUUGACUUCAGACCCCCUGUAUACACAUUGGUUGGGCAAGAGAACGUUUGCGAGAAGAGGAGCCUGAACUCGAUCGAGCUGAGGAUCGAGCUGAGUCUCAAGCUGAGGAUCGAGUCCAGGAGAGUGCGGAUUUGGAUGCAAAAGUCCAUGGACAAGAUGGUGAGCAAGAUCAAAAGUUUGGAGAAGAAGGUUUCUGGUUCUUCAAGCAAGAAGAAGAAGUCCAAGGCCCCCACAUUCCCUAGGAGUAGAUCACUCCUCACCACUCCAAGGAGGCUCCCUGCCCAAGAGCCUCACAGAGCCUCUUCAUUUCGAGCCAAGGGAAGGAGAAGACAACUCGCAGAGAAGGAGGAAGAGCUCUAA